AAAAUAUCCCCACUCCCCGAUUGUCCGUUCGUCGAAGGCUAAAAGGAGGGAAAAACGCUAUCGCCUUCUCAGGGUGCCCUCAAGACCGAGCCAAGCCAAACGUUUCUCUAUGCUUCCACACAUCGUUCCUCUCCUGCAAUCUGCAACUUUCUCAGCGUCCAAACAACGGCUGCUAAAGCUCAACACUAACAAUCCAAGCAACACGUGAUGUGAUGAACCAUAUUCCAUGGCAGUCAAAAUGGCGUUCACUCCUGUUCAAUUAUCAGAAUUACCUCUCAAGACUUCACUUCCUUUGCCCUCUCGCUCCUCCACUCUCAACCUCUUCUUUUCCUCUUCCAGAUUGUCAUUUCGAGUUCUCAGGCUGUUCUCUUCCCUUCGAACUACUGAGCACAGUGGAGACAGCUGUUCUUAUCCCUGGGAUAACGACGACCCAAAACCGUCCCCAAAAUCUAACUCCCACUCUGCCCCUUGGCUUAACAAAAGCCCCUUUACAAACUCUUCAACCCAGUCACUUGACCGAAAAGCCAACAGAAGUGUUUCCGAAUCCGAAUUGAAUACUGAGGACCCAAUAAGUGAAGCUGAGACUUGGUAUUUUGAUCAAGACAAAGGAAAAAACGCGAUUGAGAGAAUAGUUCAUGGGUUGCGGAACUUGGGGUUAGGAUUAGACAAUGAGGCGGAGGAAGAAGAGGGAAAUGAAGUGGAAGCCAGUGAUGCAAUGCCAGUAACUGGGAAGGAGAGACUGGGUGAUUUGUUGAGUCGAGAGUGGGUUCGGCCAAAUAGUAUGUUGAUUGAUGAUAAAGGCUAUGAGAUGGUUUUUCCAUGGGAUAGAGAUGAGAAGGAUGAAGUAGAGGAGAGUGAGAGGAGAUUGAAGAAAAGGAAACUGAAGCCGCCAACUACGGCGGAACUUACACUUGAGGAGCAGGAGUUGAGGAGAUUGAGGAGAGUAGGAAUGGAAGUUAGAGAUAGGAUUAGUGUACCUAAAGCUGGGCUCACGCAGGCUGUGCUGGAGAAAAUUCAUGACAAGUGGAGGAAAGAGGAGGUGGUGAGGCUUAAAUUUCAUGAGGUUCUUGCACGGGAUAUGAAGACGGCUCAUGUGAUAGUUGAGCGUCGAACUAAAGGAUUAGUCAUAUGGAGGUCUGGAAGUCUAAUGUUGGUAUACCGUGGAUGUAAUUAUGAAGGGCCCACAUCUAGGUGCCAAUAUAAUGAAAGUGAAGGUGAUGGCCUUUUUGCAUCAGAUGUCUCUCCUGGCAGUUCAUUAGAAGCAGAUGAUAGUAAUGCAACCUCAUCCCUGGAAAAGAGUAACCUAGUUGUGAGGAAUCAAUGGCCUGAAAACUUGACAACAGAGGAAGCAGAGUACAACAACCUGAUUGAUGGUUUGGGUCCUCGUUUUGUUGAAUGGUGGGGCACAGGAAUACUUCCUGUUGAUGCUGAUUUACUUCCUCCUAUAGUUCCUGGUUACAAAACACCUUUCAGGCUUCUUCCCACUGGAAUGCGCCCUCAACUAACCAAUGCAGAGGUCACUAAUUUACGGAAACUUUCUAAGUCACUUCCUUGUCAUUUUGCAUUAGGAAGAAACAGAAAUCAUCAAGGUCUGGCAUGCGCUAUUCUUAAGGUUUGGGAGAAAAGCUUAGUUGUGAAGAUUGCUGUCAAACGUGGGAUCCAGAAUACAAACAAUAAGAUUAUGGCCGACGAGCUCAAGAAUUUAACAGGAGGAUCGCUGCUGCUAAGGAAUAAAUAUUAUAUUGUACUAUAUCGUGGGAAGGACUUUGUUCCAGCAACCGUGGCUGCAGUUUUGGCUGAAAGACAGAAAUUGGUUAAUCAGGUGCAGGAUGUUGAAGAGAAGGUGAGGUGUGGAACUGUAGAUGCCGUUCCAUCAGGGGAAGAUGAAGUAAUAACACAGGCAGGAUCACUGGCUGAGUUCUAUGAGGCUCAAGCACAAUGGGGAAGGGAUGUAUCUGCUGAAGAACAUGAGAAGAUGAUGGAAGAAGCUGCCAAAGCCGAGAACAUAAAGCUUGUCAAAAAAAUUGAACAUAAACUAGCUGUUGCCCAGGCCAAAAAACUUAGAGCAGAAAGUUUGUUGGCUAAGAUAGAAGCAUCCAUGGUUCCAGCUGGUCCUGAUUAUGACCAGGAAACAAUCACAGAUGAAGAGCGUGUGAUGUUUCGCAGGGUUGGUUUAAGAAUGAAGCCAUACUUGCCACUUGGAAUACGUGGCGUUUUUGAUGGUGUCAUUGAGAAUAUGCAUUUGCAUUGGAAGCAUCGAGAACUAGUAAAAUUGAUAACCAAACAAAAGACCCUUGCUUUUGUUGAAGACACAGCAAGGUUACUGGAAUAUGAGAGUGGAGGAAUACUUGUGGCAAUAGAAAGAGUUCAUAAAGGAUUUACUCUUAUAUUCUAUCGAGGAAAAAAUUAUAAACGGCCAAUUGCUCUGAGGCCUAGAAAUCUUCUAACCAAAGCAAAGGCAUUGAAGCGUUCAAUAGCCAUGCAACGCCAUGAGGCUCUGAGUCAGCAUAUAACUGAGUUGGAGAAAACUAUUGAACAAAUGAACAGAAACCUUGAUAUGUCUCAAGGUUUGGAACCUGAGGAUAGUUGGAGGAUGAAGUACCAUAACCACAUGGACCAGAACUCAGAGUUCACCCUAAGUGAGCAGGAAGACUCUGAUGGUUAUGACAAUGGCAGGGGUUUUGAUGAGGAAGAUGCUACUCGGGAAUGAUAGAAAUUCUGAAUAUCCAAUCUUUAGAGAUGAUGGCAAUCCUAAGGCUAUGCAAAAGUCUUCCAGUCCUGUUUGGUCCAAUCCAACUCGAGAUGGUCUCAGUCUUGUUCGGUCUGUAUAGACAUCGGUCCUUCAGGACUAAAAAGACUGAAAAGACCAGACUAUUUCUUCAGGUUGGACUGGACAAGAGACUAGGCAUCCGGACCAUUUGGUCUAGUCCAGUCCUAUUAAUUUUUUUAUUAUAAUUAUAAUUAAUUUAUUUUUGACAAAUGUUUGAAUUGUAAUUGAUGGUAAGGAGAUGAUUGUAUGAAGAUUUGUUGAGUUUGUUUCUAAAUUGUUAUUGUAAUAUAGUGUUGUUAAAUUUUAUUGAGUGUUGUUUUUGUUAAAGUUAUAAAUUUAAAUCAUUUGGACUGUAACAGAAAUAUUUUUUUCUUAUUGUUGGAAAUUAUUAUGGAUUUAUUAUUAUUAUAAGUGUUUUUACUA